AUGAAACUUCUUAUUGUUGCUUUCACUUUUCUCUUGGUUUUGAUUCCAACAAAUGGAAUAUUGAAUUGGAUUGGAAAUGACCAAUAUGUGACGGUGACUGGCAGAUUGAUUUGUGAUGGACAACCGGCGUCCGAUGUUCUUGUCAAGUUGUAUGAGGAUGGAACUAUUUACGACACAAAACUAGACUCUGCACGUACCUUCCCGGAUGGAACAUUCCGGGUCUCUGGUCACUAUACCAAGAUUUUCGCGAUGGACCCGAAAAUCAAUAUCUAUCACAGUUGUAAUCAUUAUGGGCUAUGCGACAAAAAGCUCCGAAUCGAUAUCCCUCAAUACGCCAUCACAAACGGCGACUACUACAGUGAAUACGAGAAUUAUGACAUCGGAACAUUGAACUUAGCCGAUCAAUUCAGUGGAGAGACCACUGAUUGUAUUCAUUAA